UGAAGCGCUCAGUGGCCUCGAGAAUUUCGAGCUCAACGCGUCGCAACUGAUGGCCGUGCACGACUGCGUCUCAGCAGUGCAGCAACCGACCUGCUCCGUGCGACUCAUCUGGGGGCCUCCUGGGACCGGGAAGACGAAGACCAUCAGCACCCUCCUGUGGUCCAUGCUGGUCAAGAACCACCGGACAGUGACCUGCGCCCCGACGAACACCGCGGUGGUGGAGGUCGCAUCUCGGGUCCUUGAUCUCGUCGACGAGUCGUCCUCCGGUGGUGGCAGACAUGGCAGGAAGUGCUUCCUGAGCGACGUCGUGCUCUUCGGCAACGAGGGCAGGAUGGGUGUGGAAGAAGGGAACCUACAAAAGAUUUUCAUGGAAUCCCGUGUUCGACGUCUGCGUCAGUGCUUGAUGCCUGGCACAGGUUGGGCACAGUCCCUGAGUUCCAUGCUGCGGCUUCUACAGCAUCCGUCGGUUGAGUACCAUAGGUACGUUCAGGGCUUAGAGUCUGAGAUAAGGGAAUUGGUUUCAGAUGAAAAUGAUUUGAGAGACGAACUUGGUCGCUAUCUGAAAAACAGAGAGGAACUUACUAACCGAACUAAGGUCGAGAAGGUUCAGGAGAUACAGAAAAAAUUAGAGAAAAUACAGAAAGAGAUACGAGAAUUGAAGGAGGAAAUGCCGUUCAAGAUAUACUUCCAGAGUAACUACACAAUGCUUGUGAAUCAUCUGCACACUUGUGUUAAAACUUUUGGCGAUGAUCUUCCCAGAUCUGUAACGUCAGAAGAAAAUUUUCGCUGCAUGGCAGAGUUGCCGGCCUUGCUCACUGCGUUUGGGGAACUUGUGCAGUCUGAACCAGAGCAACAGCUGCAAGCACUCUUCAGAAAUACAGAUGUGAGUUUCGAGCUCAAGGAAGCGAGAUCCUCGUGUGUUCAGAAGUUACAGCACCUGUCUGAUCACUUUGAGCUUCCCGACAUGUUUGAGAGCAGAACGAUCGAGGACUUCUUGCUUCAGAGGGCCAAGAGCGUGCUCUGCACGGCUUCUAGCUCGUACCGUCUGCACUGCCUGCAAAACGCCCAGCCGUUCGAGGUACUCGUCGUGGACGAGGCAGCGCAGCUCAAGGAGUGCGAGUCAUUGAUUCCUAUGCAGCUGCCUGGCGUCCGUCAUGCCGUUCUCAUCGGUGAUGAGUACCAGCUACCAGCUCUUGUCAAAAGCAAGGUUUGUGAGGACGCCGAAUUUGGAAGAAGCCUGUUCGUGAGGCUGACAUCCUUGGGGCAGCCGAAGCACCUCCUCGACGUUCAGUACAGGAUGCACCCAUGGAUCAGCAAGUUCCCCGUCGAGAGCUUCUACGACGGCCGGAUAACCGACGGCCCCAACGUGCUCAAGAGAAACUACGAGAGGCGGCACCUGAGCGGCCCAAUGUACGGCUCCUACUCCUUCAUCAACAUCGACAGCGGGAACGAGAGCACGGGCAAGCAUGACCGGAGCCUCAUCAACUCCAUCGAGGCCGCCGCCGUGGUCCGCAUCCUUCAGAGGCUCUUCAAAGAGUCCGUCGACACGAAGAGGGGCGUUCGCGUGGGCGUGGUGUCGCCGUACAAAGGCCAGGUCCGCGCCAUCCAGGAGAAGAUCACCGGGGCGGCGUUGGCGGCGCACGAGGGGGGUUUGUUCUCGGUGAAGGUGCGGUCCGUGGACGGCUUCCAGGGCGCGGAGGAGGACGUGAUCAUCUUCUCCACCGUGCGCAGCAACAAAGCCGGCAAAAUCGGCUUCCUCGCCGACAUCAACCGCACCAACGUCGCGCUGACGCGGGCAAAGCAUUGCCUGUGGAUUCUGGGCAACGCCAAGACGCUGGCGAGCGCCAAGACAAUUUGGCGGGGGAUCGUCGCCGACGCCAAGGACCGGGGCUGCUAUUUCGACGCCACGGACGACAAGGACCUCAACAAUGUGAUAAUCAAGGCCGCCAUCGAGCUGGACCAAGUGGACAGUCUGCUCAAGUUGGAUGGCCUGCGUAUCAGCGGCGGGUCGAGGUCCGGGUUUCGACCCUAACAAGUUUGGCCGUAGUAGCCACCCAUUAUUAGCCAUCGCUAUGUACUUUACUUGCUUCUUUAUGAGGUGAUGGAUCUGGAACCCUUAAAUAAACAACGCCAGGAGGACGGUACUACUGAAAUUAGUUUACGCACACGAGGUCAACUAUACUAGUCGCUAACGUCAUGAAAAGAAACGUUUGAACAACCAUUAUUAUUCCCACGAACAUUGAC